GUUGCCGCAGAGCGCGCUCCUGGCUGGUUGUUCUCAGCUUGGGCUCGUGUAGGCGGCUACACUCGGCGAUUCGCCAAGUGAAUUGUUCGCAGAGAUUGGUUCUCCGCGAGCGAGUCCUGACCUCGUAGACCAUUGGUGUCUGCGGGGGUGUCCUGAAUUUCGUUUGAAGUUUUGUUGAGUCAUUGUCGCUCACCUGUAACAUCCUCCCUUGAAAAUGGCAUCUGGAUUGCCAAGAAAGACACCGACAUCUCGUCUUUUGUCCAGGGAGAAGCUGAAAUCUAUUACUCUGCUUCCCUCGAAGUUCUUGAUGGAGAAGUUUGUCAGCAGGAAGGCCAGCACUGGGGGGAGUAUUCUGCCCAGAACUGGCCCACCUCCAGACAUGAGAGAGCCUCAUCAAAAGCUGCCAUCAACUCCCCUGAAACAGAACUUGUUUCAGAUUUCCCCACCAGAGGUGGUAUUUCAGAACUUCGUCGCCCAUGAGGUCUCUGAAAUGGUGCUGUCUAUCAUGAAUAAGGACAAGUUUCCUCAGGUGGUGAAGGUCUCCAUGGAGAGGUCACCUUAUUUCCAGCUCGUGUGCCCCAACAAUGCGUACCGUGUCACGACGCCGCGUGUGCCUGUCCACGUGCGCAUCCGCUUCACCCCUGACGAGAACACGGAUUAUGUCCAUGAGCUCAUCUGCAUCACUGCAAGGGAAAGGAUAGUUGUGCCAAUUCGGGCUAUUGGUGCCAAAGCUAUCCUGGACUUCCCUGACCAGCUGGACUUCUCCAAGUGUCCCGUCAAGUACAGCAGCCAGCAGACUCUGGUGGUUCGCAAUGUCAGUCACCGGGCAGCUCGUUACCAGCUGAGCACCCAGAGUCCUUUCUUCGUGGCUCCGGCCAAGGGAACUCUGGGCGCUGGUGACAGCAUGCGGGUGACAGUGGGAUUUCACCCGCUGACGAAUGGUGAUCAUUCCGGGUCCCUGUGCUGCAACAUCGGUGAAGAAAGUAUCCACACAAACCUCCAUGGAGAAGCUGUAGAUCUCAACAUUGGGUUGAGCACAAAUUCCGUGGAGGUGGAGAAGACUUUCAUCACCAUGUCAAACCACACAACCAUGUUCAUCAAAAACAGGAGUAACAUCACAGCCCACUUCCAGUGGAAGACUUUUCCUACUGAGGAAGACGAGAAUGAAGUGAAGAGGAGGCAGUGUCAUUUGCUGCACCUGCCAAGUGAGGUGUGGCUGGAAACCUUAAUGGAGGAGAAAGAAAUACGGAAGGUGAAGGGCUUUUGUGAAGAUCGCAUUGCUCUCCUAAGGAACAUGGUCCAAGAGGAGGUGGCAAAGGUGCAAGAAGACCCUAUGCUGUUCUCCAAUGACAUUUUUUUCAUUGAGCCAGUGGAGGGAGAAAUUGAGCCAAAUGGUUGGGCUGAAAUCAAGGUGACCUUCAAGCCCCUAGAGGCACUGAAGUACCAAAGUAUGGCUUACUGCAGCAUCUCAGGCCUUGAGAGCAGGCUGCCCCUGUGCCUCAGAGGAGAAGGCCAAGGACCCUUGGUUAAACUCAGCUGUCAUACACUGAACCUUGGGAACAUUUUUGUCAACACCCGCCAUGUAUCUGAGGUGAAGCUGAUUAACCAAGGAGCUAUUGAUGCUCCCUUCACCUGUAUCCCAUCAACUGCAAACACGGGCUUCUGCUUCAAGUUUGCACCUGAGAAGGGCAUCAUUGCACCAGGUGGGAUCCAGACUAUUCGGAUCUCUUUCAAUGCCACCGUGCUGGGGACGUUUGAGGAAGAAUUCCAGUUCAGUGUGGCUGGAUCUCCUACGCCUGCGGUCCUGACCAUCAAGGGGUGUGUCGCUGGACCGACUUUACACUUCAAUGUCGAUGAGCUCAGCUUCGGGGACAUCUCCUUUGGCUUUCCCUACACCAAGAGCUGUCGCCUGACUAACACCUGCCCGGUGCCCGUGACGUUCAAGCUGCGCAUGUCAGACGAUGGCACGCAGCCUGCUGUGAAUAGCUGUGAUCAAAUACACAGCGACAGUGACCCAUCCUGGACGGAGGGAAUUAAUUUUUAUGUGGAGCCAAGGGAGUUUACAAUGAAUCCCAGCCAAGGGAUCAUCCUCCCCCAGGGACACCAGGAUAUCGAGGUGACCCUGUGUUCCAACACCGUGAUGGAUUUCUACCGGAAAAUGCUGGUGGACCUGGAGGGUAUUGGCGAGGGAGUGGUAUCACUGACCAUCACAGCCAGGUGUCUUGUUCCUGAGCUGCAAGUGUACCCCCAAAUCCUGCUGUACGAUGAGUGCCAGCUGAAGGUGCCAUACCAGAGGAAGUUCCUCGUUGCAAAUAACACCGCCCUUCCCGGCUGCUAUGGGCUUAUUCCCCAGCAACGCGAGGAGGACUCUCCUGUGUUCUACUCCAGCCCCAAACCCUGUGGGAUUGUCCAGCCUCACAGCAUUGCAGAGAUUCCGGUUAUAAUCGAAGUCCAAACACUGGGCGAGCAUCGCACCAACAUUCUUAUUGGCGUGUUUGGGGAUGAGAGAAACCCACUGAGACCAGAUUUACGGAGCUCUGGACAGCUGGCAGAAAUCUACCCAAGUCCAAGGCUGAUAGAGUUUGGCAGGAUCCCAGCGCUACAGCCUACUUCACGAAGCUUUACCCUCUUCAACGAAGGUCUCGUCCCUACAGACUUCAGGCUAGAGAUUGCUUGCAAACCUCACUGCUAUGCCAUUGAACCCAGAGAAGGAGUGAUCCCUGCUAGGGGUGAGGUGCCUGUGACUGUCACAGCAACCCUGGAUGACACUGGGCUUUUUGCUGACAAUAUCCAGCUGUUCCUUGGGAACAGCCUUUGGACCUCCUGUGGGCUGGUGGCUUUGGGCACUGGCACCACAAUUGUCAUAGACAAGCCAUUUGCGCCAGAUCUCGACCUAGGAUACCAAUUCAGCCUCCUUCCCUGUAUUCAUCGGUUCAAAGUAACAAAUGGGGGCCACCAUUUCCAUCGGCUCUUCUGGAGCGUGGGAUGCUGCAGCCCACCUGAGGAGGAGGGCCAGGGCAUCUCAGCCCUCCAUAGCCCUAAAGAUGAUUACCAGAGCCCCAAAAGUGCUACCCCCGUGUUUGGGCUGGAGCCACUGUUGAAGGACCUGCAGCCAGGCGAGUCUGUGGACAUGGUGCUGCGAGGCUUCUCCCGCAUCCCGCAGGAGGUGCAGGAUUAUGUGUUGUGUGAAGCUGUCAUUGGGACAACCAGCAAGAAAGAGAAGAUAAUAGAAACUGUAAUUACCUGCGAGUUUAUUCACCCCUCUAUAGAAGCAUCAGCCAGAGAAUUCUCUUUCUGGGUGGAGAAGAAACCCAGUGAUGUCCUGACGCUGCAGUACCAGCCUUUGGCUUUAAAAAACACCUGCCUGCUGCCACUGGACCUUAUGCUGGACUUGGAGCAGCCAUUCCUGGUCUGUGAUGAGGACCAGCAGCCCCUCCCAGACGGCCAGCCUGUGACAGUGGAUGUAGGGGAGACCUGUCAUCUCUACAUUGCGUUUGAUCCAGCCUAUGAGCUGGAUUUUAAGAGCUGGAAAAAGAGAGGGUUCUGA